GACUGUUAUGAUUUUGAAGAAAAACUGUCAAAAUGUAUUCAAAACAAACCUUGCGUGUAUGCAAAAACAUUUUAUAUUUUUUAUUCAAUGGAAAUUUUUAAUUAGUUUUAUCGUUAUUUGCCGUGUUGAAUUAAAAAUUUGUUUUCCAUGACUAGUGCGUUGUGUGUGGCAUGCCGAACUCGAGGUUCCGGCAUGGUAGCCAUCUAUCAGCACCCUAAUGGGCUGGAUCAAAUGUUCACUUCCGUCACCGGAAUCGAGGUUGAACAUGGAGACUUUCUCUGCAUUCCCUGCUAUGAUGAUAUGAAAGCAGCUCAUCUCUUUAAACAAAAAUGCAUCCAGAACAAUAUCCUUCGAGUUAGUCGACCUUCAACGUUGAGGCCUCGAUCCGAAGACGAAGACCAAAAAUCAGACGCGCUAGUUCAACAGACAGUUAUUUCACCGAAAACGGAAAUUGUUCGGAACUCAGAAAUUUCCACUACAAUUUCCGACACAGACAUUCUCGAGGAGCAUUUGGUUAUUCGGCCAGAUAUUUCGGAUGCUGAAAGAGAAGAGCACCAAGAUCGCGACGCGGAGUUACUAGAAGAGGACGAGAUUAACGACAAGAAAGUAACGCUACGUGAUAUUCUACCGGUUCAAUCAAGUGAACCAAACGUAGCGAAUUGCACAAAUGAUAUUGAACCUAGCUCUUAUGAAGCGGUUGAUGGAACACAAGAUGCUGGCUCCGUGUCGGAUGAAUCCCAAUCAAUCCGCUGCGAGGUAUGUGGUAAAACAUUCGAGAAGCUUCAGUUUCUACAUAGACACAUGAAAGUUUGCCAUCCGGCGGCUGAAUCUACCGACGAGUGUGGCGAACAGCAAAGUCCAGGCGCAUUGGCCACACUUCCAACGGUUCAUAAUCUCAUGUGCGAGUACUGCUUUCAGGAGUUCACCGUUCCCGCUGCAAAGUAUGAACACGAAACUCAGCACAUGUCUGAGCCGAAACCGUACAAGUGUCCGCAUUGUCAGGGUACAUUCAAGGACAAGGUUGGUUUGCGCAGUCACAUAAGAAUCCAUUCGGCAGUGAAACGCUACAAGUGCCAAUACUGUGAGAUGAGAUUUCACCAGCGCGGAAAUUUGACAGCACACGAGAGAACCCACGUCGGGGCCAAACCAUAUUUAUGUCCUCAAUGUGGAAAAGGAUUCGCCGAAAGUGGCAACCUAAAAAACCACAUUCGGUACCAUACGGGCGAGCGACCUUAUGCGUGUUCGGAGUGUCCGAAACGAUUCCGGACGCACUAUUCACGAACAGUGCACUAUCGAGCACACAGCAACGAAAGACCUUUUCGCUGUACGGAAUGUGACAAGGGAUUCUACUCGUCCGGUAAGUUGAUUAUUCAUCGGCGUGUCCACAGUGGUGAGAAGCCGUACAAGUGCAGUUCCUGUCCGGCCAAAUUUGCCGACAGCAGUGGACUGAAGCGCCAUUCAAAAACACAUUAAAUAGAUAAAUAGUUCAAAUAGUUUUGAAUCUGAU